GGCCGAAAAUCGCGCCGCACGAGCAGCACCGCCGCCCGUCGACCGCGCCCGCAGGAGGACCAGCAGCUCGCGCCGCCGGCGACCCGCAAAAGCACCAAAAGGGCAGCACCGCCGCCCGUCGACCGCUCAGCAGCAGGAGCGCCACAGGAGAGCAGCAAAAAAGGGCAACCAUGGCCUCGCCGCGCAGUCCCCUGUCCCCGCGGCCGCCGCCCUCCCCAGGCCAGGACGACACGGAGGCCUGGCGCGCCAAGUUCGUCCACUUCUACCAGACGAACGCCCCGUCAAAAGCGAAAUUCGUGAACGACAAGAUGAUGGCCAAGUGGAAGGGGCGCUACAAGGAGUUGUAUUCGAACCUCGAGCGGAAGUACGGCCCGCUCGGCGCGCCCACUUCUCCACCUAGACCGCCGUCGCGGCCCGGUUCUGGAAGGGCUUUUGGCGGAAGAGGUAAAAGAACGGUAGCGGAUCUAUCGUCUGAAUUUGAAGCCUUGGUGAAUAAGGCGCGGCGCGAGUGUCCGGACAACAAAGCUCCUUUAGACUUGGUCGAUGCGAAGCUGACGGCGGCCGAGAACGGGUUAGAAACCUCAACAUUUACGGUGUGUGCCCGCAUCAGACCGAAACUCAAACAAGACGAAGGAGACGAAGACUUCGUUUGCGUAGUGCCGGGCGAGCAUGGCCGGGCGGCGCGGUGUUUGGUGCCGCGCGUGUCCAUUACUGGUAGGCCCAAGCUCGACGAGGCGCGGUCGGAGCUGGACUGGACUUGGGGCCCCAAUGCGGACGAGGACAACAUCUUUGAUGCUGUUGGAAGGCCUUUGGUGCACAGAGCUCUGGAUGGCCAGGUAGGCGUCAUUUUUGCGUAUGGUCAGACCGGAAGCGGUAAAACGCAUACGAUGUCGAACCUGAUGGAGCGCGUCGUCGGCGAGUUGUUCAAGUCUGGCGCGGCCGCUAAUGUGAUGAGACACAGAAAGAUAAGCUUCUCGUACUGCGAGAUUUUGGGGAGCGACGCGAACGACUGCCUGAGCCCCUCCCACGACGCGGUCAAGAUCGGCGAGAUGCUCGACGGUCGAGUCGUCCUCAAGAACCUCAGCGAGCACGAGGUCGAGGACGCGGCGCAGAUGCAUGCAUUGGUGAAGAAGGCCGCGGCCACGCGCUCGACGGAAUCUACUGCCCGCAAUGACACUUCCUCACGUUCACAUGGGAUUGGCAUUGUUACAGUAGCACCCCCAGAAGGCUGCGCGCUCGCCGGCAAGCUCUACGUCAUCGACCUGGCUGGGAGUGAGCGGGCGGCCGACUCCAAGGACCACGACCAGCAGCGACUCGAAGAGACGAAGGCUAUUAAUAUUUCACUGAUGGCAUUGAAAGAGUGCAUCAGGGCUAGAACGAAGGCGUCACGUCCUGGGGCUGCUAGAUCGGUACAUAUACCGUACAGAAGAGCGAAAUUGACCCAGGUUAUGAAGGACGUCUUUGAUGUUGCGUCUCCCAGGUUAUGCGCUACGGUUGUCUUAGCUUGUGUGGCUCCGACGGCGCGGGACGUGGAUCACUCGAAGAACACGCUGUCGUAUGCCGCUCCAUUAAAGGUAGCCGUCGAGGCCGCCCCCCAUUUACAACGCGACGACCGCGACCCGGCGCUCUGGGCUACUACACAGUUAAUAGAGUGGGUCGCGGAAACCGCUCCCUGUACUAUGGAGCAGGCCAAGCAGAUCGUGAAUCAAAACACUGGCGUCCAGUUCUGCGCCGUGUCGGAAUCCGCCUUAUUUGCGCGCUGCGCCGCCGCCGAGCUCGACGCGAAGCAAUCGAAGAAGUUGUAUGGUGCGUUGUGGACGGCCGUCAUCGACGCGAAAACUCGCAAUAGGAGACCGGACGGCACGAUCAUCACCGAAGAAGAUGAAGCGAGGGAGAAGGCGGAGAAGGCCCAAGCUUUGCGCGACAAGGCCGCGCUCUGGAAGGAGCGCGAGAAGACGCUGCGGUCCGACUUCUAGCUUUUUCCCGAUCCCGGUAAUAACUUCGUUUGCUGGG